AUGGGAGGCGGGCGGAAGCGCGGGCGCACGCAGCGCCGCCACUUCAAGCAGGGCCGCGAGAACGUCUGGAAGCACAACCCUCAGCGUCCUCCCGCCGGCGAAGGAGGCGAGGGGCGGGAGGGCAAUCCCUCGUGGCAGCCCUUCGCCACCGAGAACCCGGCCUUCGAGGACUACUACAAGGAGCAGCAAAUUGUUCCUGAGGAAGAGUGGGAUAGCUUCAUGAGUAUGCUCCGGAAGCCAUUACCUGCCACUUUUAGGAUUAAUGCGAGCUGUCAGUUUUUUCAAGAUAUCUGCUCGCAAUUGGAAAACGACUUCAGGAAAUCAUUAGAAACUGAGGUCACCGAUGAACAUGAAGAAGAUGCUAUUAGGCCUUUGCCUUGGUACCCAGGUAAUCUUGCAUGGCAUUUGAACUUUUCUCGAAUGCAGCUGAGGAGAAACCAGGCACUUGAGAGUUUUCAUGAAUUCUUGAAGCGAGAGAAUGAAGUUGGCAACAUAACUAGGCAAGAGGCUGUCAGUAUGGUUCCACCACUGUUUCUGAAUGUGCAACCUGAUCAUCAUAUUCUUGACAUGUGUGCUGCUCCAGGAUCUAAAACUUUCCAGUUACUUGAGAUGAUUCACCAGUCAACGAAGCCUGGAAUGCUUCCAAAUGCCCUGGUGGUAGCUAAUGAUGUUGAUGUGCAAAGAUGCAAUCUUCUUAUUCACCAGACCAAGAGAAUGUGUACAGCUAACCUGAUUGUGACAAAUCAUGAAGCACAAAACUUUCCUGGUUGUAAUCUUGCAAAGUUCUCUUCAGAAGUGUGUAUGGAUGAGGCAAAGCUGCAGAGGUUGGAGUUUGACCGCGUUCUUUGUGAUGUGCCUUGUAGUGGUGAUGGGACUGUCCGUAAGGCUCCUGAUAUGUGGAGGAAGUGGAAUGCUGGUAUGGGGAACGGACUUCAUCGCCUGCAAGUGGAGAUUGCUAUGCGUGGUAUGGGUUUGCUCAAAGUGGGUGGGAGGAUGGUUUAUUCAACAUGUUCAAUGAACCCUGUUGAAAAUGAAGCUGUUGUUGCUGAGAUUUUGCGGAGAUGUGGGGACUCUGUUGAACUUCUUGAUGUUUCUAAUGAGCUACCUGAAUUAGCCCGUCGUCCUGGACUUAGCUCCUGGAAGGUACGGGAUAGAGGGUCUUGGUUUGGUGUGCACGAAGAUGUACCUCGCUACAGGAAGCAUGUGAUAUCACCAAGUAUGUUUCCCUCUGGGAAAGGCAGCAAAGAUAGUCUUACGGUGAGCAACAGCGUUGAGGUCAACACAGAUGUAGCUGAUGCAGACAUGAAGGAUCCAACAGACAUGGGAGAGGGAGAACAAGAAACAAAUAUAACAAUUGAUGACAGCAAUAAUGGUGACAAUCUGAAAACCGAAGAGGGAACCAAAGUUAAUUGCGAGUCUGGUGAAGCUACAGCUAGUUAUAAAAAGUUAAAUUCUACUCCCAUCUGUACAGAACAUUCAGAUUAUCCACUGCAUCGCUGUAUGAGAAUUGUUCCUCAUGACCAGAACAGUGGGGCAUUUUUCAUUGCAGUCCUUCAUAAACUCUCCCUACUGAACGAGAACCAGGUGGUAGAUGGGGUAAAAAGUGAGCAGAAUAUUUCAAAAGACAAAACUGAGAAUCUGGAGAAAGAUUUAGGAUCAGAUAAGGCAUCAUCUGAAGAAAAUAUAGUGCAUCAGCAAGUGAUUGAUAACACAAAUGUUCUGGAUGGAGAACAAAAUGGAGACGGGGAUAACAAAAGUUCAAAAGAUAAGAGCUCAGAGGAUUCUAAGGAAAGGCAGUCUUCAAAGGAAGGCUCGCCAUGCACAUUUAGGUUGUCAUCAGAGGGAUUGCCGCUCCUGCUUCCAUACAUCACAAAACAGAUUCUAUAUGCAUCUGCAAUUGACUUUCAGCAUCUUUUACAGUACAGGACUAUUAAGUUUCCUGAUUUCGUGGAUGCAAAAUUUGGUGAGGAAGCUUCAGCUUUGCUUCCAGGUUGCUGUGUCGUAGUUUUACGUGAAGGGCAUCAGGAUAUAGGAUCCAUAGCUACAGAUCCCUCAGCCAUUGCCAUUGUUUGCUGGAAAGGAAAGACCAAUUUGUGUGUCAUGGUUUCUCCACUAGAUGGGAAGGAACUGCUUGAGAGGAUUUCAUUGCGUUUUGGGCUCAAAAUUCCCAAAGGGGAUAAAGAGAAACCCAGCCAGGAGAUUGCUGGAUCAGACGAGCUGCUUGAUUGUGCCACUGAGGCGGACGAUCAAGAAUGUUUUCCUGAAAGCAAAGCAUCUGACAUCGAAAUUUCAGAUGCUAAGGAUGCUGAGUAG